CCCCCCCCCCCCCCACUGACAUCCCCUCUCCACAUCAUUGGUGUCCGUGGGAGGAAUAGUGCCCCAUCAUUAGUGCCAGUGUGGGGGAAUAGUGCCCCAUCAUUGGUGUCAGUGCGGGAGGAAUAGUGCCCCAUAAUUAGUGCCAGUGUGGGAGGAAUAGUGCCCCAACAUUGGUGUCAGUGUGGAAGGAAUAGUGCCCCAUCAUUAGUGCCAGUGUGGGAGGAAUAGUGCCCCAUCAUUGGUGUCAGUGUGGAAGUAAUAGUACCCCAUCAUUGGUGUCAGUGGGAGGAAUAG